AACUCUUAGGAGUGCCGCUUAGAAGAAAAAUCUUAUAUUAAAUUGGGUCUAAAGAAAGCAGAUUUACCAAUUGCAACCACUUUCUCUUCCUCGUCGCCUUUGUCUCCGACUGUCAAUCUUCCAUGGCUCCUGCCGCUGCCAACCGUUGGCUGAGGCCUGAGGUUUAUCCGCUCUUUGCUGCGGUUGGGGCUGCCGUGGGGAUCUGCGGCUUCCAGCUUAUUCGAAACAUUUGCAUCAAUCCUGAAGUGAGGGUUAACAAGGCAAGCAGGGUUGCAGGAGUGCUGGAGAACUUUUCAGAAGGGGAGAAAUACGCUGAACAUUCUCUCAGAAAAUUUGUCCGUGGAAGAUCUCCAGAAAUCAUGCCAAGUCUUAACAGCUUCUUCUCGAAUCCAAGUAAUUAAAGGUUUGUUGCUUCAGGAAAAGAUGAUCCUGAAUGUAUUUCUGCUAUGUUUGCUUUGGAUUGUGAUAUCAAUACUUGUAAUAAUGUCCUCAACGUUUGAAACGCAACUGUUAUGAUCGUUGUAAGUGCCUAUUGAGGUUGUUUGAGUGUUUGAAGGCUUAAAUUGAACCAAUAUUUGUUUCUGGUUUAUUCUGUUCUAGCUUUGAUAAUGAGCUUUGGUUGCUACCU